UCUUACCCACUGACCGACCUAUACGCUAUUAUUAAUAAAUCCACACGUCAGUCAACACAGACAAGAAUCCAGAGGGUAAAGAAAAAAAUGGGAAUAGUGAUAAUCGACGGAUCGACGGUGCGGUCGUUCGUAGCGGACGAGGAUCAGUUCAAGAAGAGCACGGACGAGAGAUUCGGGGCGCUGGAUCUGAACCACGACGGAGUUCUGUCGCGGUCGGAGCUGCGGAAGGCAUUCGAGUCGAUGAGGCUGCUGGAAUCGCACUUCGGAGUGGAUGUCGUGACGCCGCCGGAGGAGCUGACGAGGCUCUACGACUCCAUAUUCGAGAAAUUCGACACGGAUCAGAGCGGGUCGGUGGAUCUGGAGGAGUUCCGGUCGGAGAUGAAGAAGAUCAUGUUGGCGAUAGCGGAUGGUUUGGGGUCGUGUCCGAUCACGAUGGCGCUAGAGGAGGACGAUGAUGGGAAUAAUUUCCUGAGGAAGGCGGCCGAUCUGGAAGCUUCCAAGCUCCAGAAAGCUUCGGAGUGAGACUGUGAUUUCUGUGUGAUGUAACGUUGCUUUUGGUUUGGUAGUGAAAUAAAAGGAUUAACGCAGGUGAUGGAUUACUGAGUUUGUGGAAUGGAAUUCAGGUGGAGAUUAUAUAAUUUUGUGCUUUGGAUCGAGAGAUUCGAUUGUUGUUGUGAUGAAGAAACGCUUUUAUAUUGGAAGGUAAGUGCAAUAAAUUUGGAAGA